AGGAGCGUGGGUAUACUGUCAUUAUCUGGCCCAUCAUAUAUAGUAGUUCAAUAACAUGACUUUGACAUUAGUAUAUUCGUCAGAUGUGCUAAGUUAGCACCACGUGUACUACUCUUUUCUAUGUGUAGAUUUCCCAUCACAUGUGAUGAGUUUGUGCGAGCACUCAAGUAUCUGAAAGUACAUCUGGACUUUUGUGCAAGGAACCAACUCAAUGAAGGCUCUGAACAGUGCUACAGACAUAUUUCCGGAUUAUCUCCACCUCUCCACCAUAUUGCAAGCACGAGCGUGGCUCAUAUUCGGAUUGUGCGAGAUUGUCUAAUAGGCUGUAAGCUGAGGUUCAAUGCAAAGCCAUUUUAAGCUUAUCAGCAGAUGGGCGAAUGGCAUGCUGGUGGACCUUGCUGCCUUGCUGUUCGGUGGAUAAGUCCGGGCUCAAAGCUUGCUGUUACCGUAUCAAAAUUAGACAGGAAAAAGAAAGCCUUGGUCUUACUAUUCCUCGAUGCAAAGAAUUUGUAGGUAAAUUGAUAUAUCUAUACGCAUAAAAGAUGACGACCAGCU